CCUUUCCUUUCAUGCUUGAAGUUAAAUCUGACAGUGCUGUGUAGCAGAAGGGCACAAGCAGAUCCUAGAUAUUAACCCAAAUAACCAGCAUGCUGAUCGCUUAUCGUGCUGCUCGCUGCUUGUGGAAUCGCUCACAGCUACUGAAGACUGUUAAUUCUUCUCAAUGUUUCCAAUUUUCCACCUCUGCAAUAAUGUCCUCAAGACUUAAAAGCGCAAGACGCAUCCAUGGAAUAGAUGGCAAUGUGUGGGUUGAAUUUACAGCACUCGCUGCAGAUCCCACCGUUGUUAAUCUGGGGCAGGGAUUUCCGGAUAUAUCUCCUCCGUCCUAUGUUAAAGAAGGCCUGGCUAAAGCAGCCGCCGUGGAUAAACUGAAUCAGUACACACGUGGCUUUGGCCACCCGCCGCUGGUUGAUGCGUUGUCUCAGGUUUAUUCAAGAGUAAGUGAGCAUAAGAUCGAUCCCAACAAGGAAAUCCUUGUGACCGUCGGGGCUUAUGGGUCCCUCUUCAGCGCAAUACAAGGACUUAUUGAAGAAGGCGAUGAGGUGAUAAUAAUUGAGCCAUUUUAUGAUUGUUAUGACCCUAUGGUGAAAAUGGCCGGAGCAACUCCUGUUUCAAUUCCACUGCGAUAUAAAGAUAAUGGCAGAAGCACAAUAUCAAGUGCAGAUUGGUCCUUGGAUUCUGGGGAACUAGCCAGUAAAUUCAGUAAAAGAACCAAAGCUAUUAUACUGAACACUCCCAACAACCCAAUGGGAAAGGUAUAUACUAAAGAAGAACUGCAAGUAAUUGCUGAUCUGUGUAUUAAAUACGACACACUAUGCAUCAGUGAUGAGGUUUACGAAUGGAUUAUAUACCCUGGAAAUAAACAUGUUAAAAUAGCAACAUUGCCUGGUAUGUGGGAACGGACAGUAACAAUAGGGAGCGCUGGAAAGACAUUUAGCGUAACAGGAUGGAAGCUUGGUUGGUCUAUUGGCCCAGCCCAUCUUAUAAAACAUUUGCAGACUGUUCACCAGAAUUGUAUCUAUACGUGUCCCACUCCAUUGCAGGAAGCAUUGGCUCACGCACUUAUGAAGGACUUGAAAAGGAUGGAUGAACCAGAAUGCUACUUUAGCUCGCUGGCUCAAGAGCUGAAACCCAAGCGAGACCGGAUGGCCAGCUUACUCCAAGAAGCAGGUCUCAAGCCAAUCAUACCAGAAGGCGGAUAUUUCAUGGUAGCAGACGUUUCCGUGCUCAAUGUAGACCUUUCUCACAUGAAAGAAGAUGAGCCUUAUGAUUACAAAUUCGUCAAAUGGAUGAUUAAAACCAAGAAAUUGGCAGCUAUUCCAAUAACUGCUUUUUGUGGACCAGAAAGUAAGAAGCAAUUUGAAAAAUAUAUACGGUUUUGUUUUAUUAAGCAAGAAAGCACUUUGGAUGCAGCAGAGACCAUCCUGAAAAACUGGAAUAAGUGACGGUCUUCAAAGUAACUAUUUUGUGCGAUGAAAAAACAUUACACAAAUGACUUAACCCGUGUCACCCUAACAAGUGCGUAAGGCUUUCAGGGUUAAUAGGUUGAGAAUUAAUAUCAGAGGGAUUCGAAAAUGUUGUGAAACCAUCAUGGUUAAAAAAAAAAAAAUUGUAGUUAGUAGACUGUCCCUUUAACUGGAAUAUUAUCUAAAAAAGGACAAUGAUUAUGGAAUUUUGUAUAUCCCAUUUUAAGAGCGGUACGCAAACAAUGGUGAACCAAUAGCUGCUGUAAUUAAAGAGACUUUAAGGUAAUGCUUUGGGGUUUUUUGCAUCUAAAAAAUGUCAUUUUAAAGUGUAUAAUUAGCUGACUGCUGGAGGAGUUUUCCUUAUUAGCCAGUAAGCAGCCUGUCCUUAGGGUUGUGUACAGACAUCAGCUGUAACAUAGCCUUUUUCAUGCAGAAAGAUUUUAAUGUUUAAAUAAUGGCAUUUCUAUGCAUGUCAGAUGCUUUUUGACAAUUUAGACCAUUUCUUCACAAAGUUAAGAUUAUAUUUUAUCUAUAAAUUACCAAAUGUGUUAAAGAAAUGUAAGUGAUACAGGAAUAUGCUUUGUUUUUAGCAUUAUUUUUUAAUCCUGUUUGGGCUGUGCCAUCAUUAAAGGGACAGUAAAGUCCACAUUUAACGUUCAUGAUUCAGAUAUGGCAUGUGAUCUUAAACAACUUUCCAAUCUACUUUUAUCAUCAAAUUUUCUUUUUUCUUUGGUAUCUUGUGUUAAAGACUAAACCGAGUCCACCUCUUAGCUCACAUUCUGGCUGUGAAUAGCUAAUAAGAUGUACUGUUUGUUCAUGUGUGCCAUAUAGAAAACAUUAAAUAACUCCUCUGGAGUGAGCACAAAGGGACAUAAAACAAGUUGGGAUAAAGACAAAAUAGAAUAAUAUGUACUUUAAUUACUUUACCUGCAAAUUUAUACUGCAGUUCCAAUUUAUACUGCAGUGCCUCGCCAUUAACCCUUUUAUUUAAGUUUCCGAAUUGUAAAGCUCCAACUCCCCCCACAUAUUUCCUUCUAUGGCUGUAUCUAUAUCUAUUGUUGUUUUGGUAGAAGGUAAAAGUGCAUAGGGAUUAUCUGCUGGAGCCUAGAAACUGGGAACUCAGUUGAAAUACAAUGCCUGUGUCUAAACACUGAUAAGGGGGGUGGAGCAGAUUACUCCCAGACAGCAUGGCUAUGUAAGUAAUUUUGCUUAUUUUUUAAAUUUAUUUUAAAAUAGUUGCCAGCAAUUUUUAAACAUUUUUUUAUGCAAACUAUUUUUGCUUAAUUAGCCCUUUUAGGAUAUGCACAGAUCUCAACAUGUUUUAUGGCACUUUAAGAGUCAGCACUACUUGCCUGAAAUGCAAGUCUGUCAAAAGAUCUGAUAUAAGGAAGCUGUCUACAGAGGCUUAGAUACAAGGUAAUCAUAUUGGUAAAAAGUAUAUUAAUCUUCUCCCCUCUAGCUCCUUUGUUUUGCAGUUAUUUAUCGUCCCCCUGGCCCAGCAUCACAAUGUUUGGACCACUUUGCAGCCUGGCUUGCACAUUUUCUCUCUUGUAAUGUCCCUUCUCUCAUCUUAGGGGACUUCAACAUACCCUUUGAUAAUCCUAACAUUCCUGCUGCCUCUAAACUUCUAUCCCUUACCACCUCUUGUAGCCUGUCCCAGUAGACAACAUCUCUAACACACUGUGAAGGCAACUCCAUAGACCUGGUCUUCACUAAUCUCUGUGCCGUUUCCAACUUCCUUAACUUCCCCUUUCCUCUCUGACCACCAUCUACUAAAUUUCUCUCUUACUCUACCUGCUACAUCUUUGCAAGCCCCCAAGAAACUGCUACCUUACAGGAAUUUAAAUGACUUGGACCUCACAGACUUUUCCACUCAACUGAAUCCUCUACUCUCUGACAUUUCAUCCCUCUCUUGCCCAAACCUUGUUGCUUUACAGUAUAAUUCGGCACUAAAAUCAACACUUGACAGAGCUGCACCCUCCACUGUUUAUCGUACAUCAAUCGCUCAACAGCAACUGUGGCACAUCAAACAGACCAGAUAUCUUCAGCGAUGUUCACGGGCUGCUGAACGGCAGUGGAGGAAAUCACGCACCUGUGCUGAUUUCCGGCAUUAUAAAUUCAUCCUUAAGUCCUACAACUCUUCGCUCAGCCUGGCCAAACAAGUAUAUUUCUCCUCCUUUGUGUCAUCUCAUGCAUCCAACCCCAGAAAGCUGUUCUCAACCUUUAACUCCCUUCUACGUCUGCCUGCACCCCCGCCCACUAGCAACCACACUGCUCAGAUUAUUGAUGAUCACUUCAAAAAUAAAAUUGACACCAUUAGAAAAGAUAUCUGCACCUCACACCCUUCAAACCCAGCAAUCCUACCCACCCCUUCUAUUAACAAAACUCUAUGCUACUUCCCUCCUGUAACAGAGGAAGAAGUCUCUGUACUCCUAUCCUUGGCUCAUCUCACAACCUGCCCACUUGACCCGAUUCCUUCACGACUUCUUUCCUCUCUCUCUGCUUCACUAACCCCUAUCUCAUCUCGUUAACUAAUCUCUCACCGCUGGCACAUUUCGGGAUACAUUCAAGCAUGCGUCAAUCAUACCAAUCCUAAAAAAGCCCUCGCUUGACCCCUUCUAACUAUCGACCGGUCUCCUUACUUCCCUUUGGUUCAAAAUUAUUGGAACAACUGGUCUAUAAUCGGCUAACUCAAUUUCUCACAAUUAACUCCUUACUUGAUCCACUACAAUCUGGUUUCCGCCCUAAACACUCAACAGAAACUGCUCUUGCUAAAGUAACAAAUGACCUGUUAUCAGCUAAAGCAAAAGGCCAUUACUCCUUACUAAUUCUUCAUGAUCUAUCUGCUGCUUUUGACACAGUCGACCAUCCUCUCCUCCUAAAAAUACUACAUUAAUUUGCCAUCCGAGACACAGCCCUCUCCUGGUUUGCCUCAUAUUUCUCAAACCGCUCUUUUUCAGUUUCCUUUAACAACAUAUCUUGUGAUCCUAUGCCUCUCUCAGUUGGAGUACAGCAAGGCUCUGUCUUGGGUCCCUUGCUUUUCUCUCUCUACAUCCUCCCUUGAAUAACGUAUAGCCUCCUUUGGAUUCCAGUACCACCUAUAUGCUGAUGAUACCCAAAUCUAUCUUUCCUCUCCUGAUAUCUCUCCCUCUUUACUUAACCAGAUUUCCAACUGCCUCUGCAAGUUCCUCUUGGAUGUCUUCACACUACCUUCAACUGAGUCUGUCCAAAACUGAGUUGCUUCUUAUUCCUUCUCUUUGAGACAUCCAAUGCCUGACAUUUCUCUGACGGUUGGAGACUUUAUUCUCAACUCCUCACCCCAGGUCUGCUGUCUUGGGGUUACACUUGACUCGGAGCUCACAUUUAGGGUUGCCACCUGUCCCUUAAAAUACAGAACACUUAUAAGUUACACAUUCUGCAGGGUGUGCAUGGAGGAAUAUGAAUAGUGCUGUCCAGAAACAGAAUACAUGUUCCUCCCUGCACACCCUGCAGCCUGUGUAACUCAUAAGUGUCCAAGAAAAUAUGGCUGAGGUGGCAGCCCUACUCACAUUCAACCCACAUAUACAAACGCUUACGAAAUCCUGCCGUUCACACCUACGCAACAUUUCCAGAAUUCGUCCCUUCCUUACUCAAAAACUACAAAAAAUACUUAUUCAUUCCCUUAUUUUGUCACGCGUUGAUUAUUGCAAUCUACUCCCAAAUGGCUUUCCAAAACACCGCCUCUCCUCCCUCCAAUCUAUUAUGAAUGCUUCUGCUAGAGUCAUCCACCUACAUCAGCUGCUCCGCUCUGCCAGUCUCUACACUGGCUCCCCAUACACACCAGAAUACAAUUUAAAGUAUUAGCCCUAACUUACAAAGCACUCAACAAUCUAACUCCCAACUAUAUUUCCUCUCUCAUCAUGAAAUAUUCCACAUCCCGUCCUCUUCGAUCAACCUCUGACCUACGUCUCUACACUCUUGUUAUCUCCACGUCCCACUCUUGUAUCCAAGACUUCUCACGUGCUGCUCCUGUCCUAUGGAACUCUCUACCCUGCUCGAUAAGACUGUCUCCAACCUUGUAUAGCUUUAGACGCUCCUUGAAAACCCACCUAUUCAGAGAGGCGUACCAUCUCUCCUCCAUCUCUCAUCCUAACCAAACUAAUACAUGAACUGCCUGACUCACUGCUGCAACUACAACCGAUGUGACAAGCUACCCCAACCUUAUGUCUCUGCACCCUAAACCUGUAGACUGUGAGCUCUCCAGAGCAGGGCCCUCUUCCUCCUGUACUAGAUUUGUUUUGUUAUGUUUUGUAUUUUAUUAAAAAAAAAUCUUUGUCAUUGUAUACCCCUAUUAUUGUACCCAGGGCUACGGAGUUUGGCGGCGCUAUACAAAUAAAUGAUAAUAACAUU